AUGAACUCGAAGAAUGAUGUGGGCGAAAACCUGCUGUGUGGGGGAGAGGACAUUUCGGCGCUCGUCGUCGACUUAGGGUUCUGCACGACAAAAAUUGGCCACAACCAGGAAGACACACCCAGGGUGUUUUUAAGAAGUGCCUGCGGGGAGGACGUCUCACCUGAAGGGAGUGCCCCCCCAGGUUACCCCAUCAGCAACGGUAUUGGAAGUGGAAGAAGUAUCGGUGGGGGUCGCUGCUCCAAGUUGAAAUUCCCCCUGAACCUCUACAACGCAGAAGAACAUGUGCGUGUAAAACCUCUGUUCGAGAGAAACCCAGUGGACAACACAACACACAUGAACAGUGAUGUGUUCGAGAAAAUUCUACAACAUGGAAUUGAAGGAGUAGAAUCAAAGAGAGUCUUCGAGUGCUCAGAUGAGAUUAUCAAUCCAGUCAAGUUAGGUGGACUUCAUUUAAAAAUGAACGAACACCCAAUUCUUUUGUCUGAAGCAAACAUACAUAAUCACAGAGUGAGAGAAGAGAUGACGGAAAUACUUUUUGAAGCUUUUAACAUUCCUGCUUUGUAUUUUGCGAAGAAAGCCAAAUUGUCUGCCUUCAGUUUAGGUCGAUGUAGUGCACUAGUGGUGGACAUCGGGGGCAGUUCACUCAAUUUAACUCCUGUGUAUGAAGGGUACGUGUUGCAGAAGAACUCCUUUGAGUUUAACAUUGGAGGGGAUUACUUUGACCGCCUGAUAUAUGCCUUGCUGAAGAAGGACCAGGUGAGGGUUGUUCCCUACUACGAGCAGCGGCAGAGGGGGAGCGCCGGGGGGGCCGCUUGUUCGGGUAGCAGCUGGGGUAGCGGCUUGGCUGCCUGUUUGGGUAGCAGUUGGGGAAGUGCCAAACUACACCCUAAUGUACAUACCUCUUACGAGGAAGAAGCCAUUAUGGAUGUUAUUCGUUACAUGAAGGAGAGCAUCUGCAAAGUUCGCGUGGGACAAAAUAGCUCCGCUAAUAAAAAGAAUGAAAACGUAAUAGGAAAUUUGAAAAAUGGAAAAGAGGUAGAAAUUGCUGGGCAACCAAAUAACGGAGCAAAAAAUGUUAAUGCACCAAAAUGGAAAACGGGGCAAGAAGAAGAGGAAGAAGAAAAUGAUGAAUUCUUUGAAUUACCAGAUGGAGUGAAAAUAAAGACACAUAAAUACAAAUAUAAUAUUGCAGAAGAAUUAUUUCGUCCUAUUCCAUCGGAUCAAAAUUUUAAUGGACUACCCGAAGCUAUAGUAAACUGUGUCAUCUCCUCUGAUGUGGACAUAAGAAAAGAAUUGCUUCAGGCGAUUAUUGUGACGGGCGGAUCGUCUCUCUUCCCUGGCCUCGUUGACAGACUUUACAACUCCCUAAGGGAGAAGGAGUGCUUUUCACAGACCAUUAAAAUUAAGAUACUCAACAUGGCUUCGUCUGUGGAGAAUCUGUACUCCUCCUGGUUGGGGGGUUCCAUACUGGCCAGCCUAGGGACCUUCCAGCAGCUCUGGGUUUCCCGGGCCGAGUACGACGAUGCGGGACACGCGGUCGUCUUGGAUCGCUGCUUUUGA